CUGGUGACAGACGUUGACCUGUGUCUGCGUGUGCUGGAUGUGCACGUGUUGUACAGCUUGUUUUCGGUUGCCUCGCUUGAGCCAGUUGUGGAAGCUCUGUGCCGGGCCGUGAACAUUGAAGACUUUUGUCACAGAAGUUGGCAGAUCAUCAAAUGUGUCCUUAAGAGUGAUAUCGGCCAUGUGACACUAGGCACACUAUGCAACAUCCUCGAACUGGAGUCCAACCGCAAUCAUUGGGCUCUUGUGCGCGGGUCGGUGUUCUUCCUGGGCAUGGCGUGUUGGGGCAGUCAGCGCAUAGAUACGCUACAGCCGUCCUUCUCAGCCAUUCUGCCAUCGCUGUACCGCUGCUUAGCGUUUGAUAAGCCCAUUGUGGCGUAUGAGGUAAUCCUAUCAGUCUCUCGGCUCAUCAAAUCGUACUACGAGCAACUCACCCCCGUGGAAUGGGACCAGAUGUUCGAGAUUCUAGUGGAGCUGCAGCGCUACUACUACAUCCUGGCAGGUAUGGCCAUAGCAUAA